AUGAGCGGCACCGAUUGCUUACCACGAGAACCGAAGUGCGCAGGGCCCAACGAAGUAUUUACAACUUGUAAAAAGUCCUGCCCACCAGAUAUAUGUUUCUCUCUAGUGGCCAAGUUCAGCUGUGAUGCUAACGAGUCUUGUCAAAAUGGAUGCGUCUGCAAGCCAGGGUUUUUGAGGAAAUCCUUAGAUUCUCCGUGUAUACCAAUCUGUCAAUGUCCUGAGAUGAAAUAUUCACCUGAUUAACCGAAGUGCGCAGGGCCCAACGAAGUAUUUACAACUUGUAAAAAGUCCUGCCCACCAGAUAUAUGUUUCUCUCUAGUGGCCAAGUUCAGCUGUGAUGCUAACGAGUCUUGUCAAAAUGGAUGCGUCUGCAAGCCAGGGUUUUAG